CGGCGGUUACCGAGAACAUAAAACCUAUUAAACGAAUGAAAUAAGAAGGGUGGUUUCGUCUCAGGUGCAUAGCAAAAAUGAAAUAUAAAACAUAUCCGCCAAUUGCGGAGGGAUUUUCAAAUAACAAUACUGUAUUCGUCUUUGACAACUCUCAUGGCAAUGGGCCAGCCUGUCAACAAGUAGGACUCUAUGGCUACAAUGCAUCCAUUACAUUCACAGCCAAAUGCACAAACGAUGGCGCCUUUUCAUACCUCGUAUACGGUAUGCAUGCUGUGGAAUACACAAGCAAUAUUACUUCAAGUCCAGGUAUAUCGUCCGGCUUUGGUGAAUAUGUGGUGCUCAAUGGCUCUGAAAAUGUUUACGCUCAGGGCGUAUACGGUACGGCACUGAAUAAUUCGCUUACGGAAUGGACUAUUAAUUUACCCCGUGCGGGAAAUUAUUGCACAAAUCUAAUGCCGCUGAGAUACAAAGAAAAUUAUGAGGAUUGUGCUGUUAAAAUUCGAUUUGAUGGAGUAACGCCUCCCGCAGAAAAUUUCGCUUCUGCUGCUUUUCGUGUUACUCCUCUGUUACUUCCUGUAGUUGUUUCCAUGUUUUUAACUGUUUUAUUUGCCUACUACUAAAUUACGACCGUGCAAGAACGUUAACCUGUACAUAAACAAAUAUUCUG